AUGAGAAGAGCACCUUGCAGCUUGGGCACGGCUCUAGUCUGCAUCCCUACAAUGGUCAGUGGUCAAGCUGACUUGCGCAGGUCACAGGGAGACCCGCGAUGUUGGACGGAACCUCUUUGGCAGCGGUUCCGAGAGCAUUGCUGCCAAGAUGAACUAUCUUGGGAUAGGAUGCGGUGUGGCACGCCAGAUUUCAGCUAUAUUACUUUCGCGAAGUGCUGUCAGGGCAAGGGUUUCUACAAUUCUGCCGACAACUGCCUCCACAGCCAGUCACAGCAUGGUGAGGAAAACUAUAUCAUUGACACUUUUCAGUGGCAGAAGAAGCGCGACGGAGUUUAUGUUGAGAUGGGAGCAUUCGAUGGUAUCACCUACUCCAACACACUGCGGCUGCAUAGCUGUUUCGGGUGGAGAGGUAUCCUGAUCGAAGGCAGUCCGCGCAACUUUGCUCGACUUCAGCAGAACUGGCCGGCAGCACGCCCCAUCAAUGCUGUGGCUUACAACGGCGCCGUUUGUGCACCACCUCGAAACCAUGUGACCUUCAUUACGAACCAGGACGGCGCGAUGGAUGCUGAUGUGGAGCACAUGACGCAAGAGGUCAGGAACCACUACAACGAUACCUUUUUCGGCGAAGUGGAGCGUAUUCCUUGCAAGCCCAUGUCCUCGUACUUGCGUGGCACAGACCACGUAGACUUUUUUGCCUUAGAUGUGGAAGGAUCGGAGCUUGAGGUCCUGCUGACCAUGGACUUCACGGAAGUGACAGUGGAG